AUGGCCAGACCCUGGCAGGCCCCACAGCUUCUACUAGUCAUUCUGGUGGCCCUGGUGGCCCUCAGCUGCCAAGUAAGGAGGAAAACCUUUAUGAGUGUCCAAGAAGUACCUGCAUCAGAAACCUAUGUAAUAGCCACCAUGCAGUUCGUGACCAACAAGUUCAACAGGGAAAGUGAUGACAAGUACAGCUUCCGGAUUGUGCGAGUCCUGAAGAUCAAAAAGCUGAUUACAGACCACAUGGAGUAUCACAUGAACUUAGAGAUGCGGCGGACUACUUGUCAAAGGCUGGAGACCAAAAACUGCACCUUUCAAGAAGGGGAGCUUUACAAGCAAAUUGAGUGCUUUUUCUCAGUGUUUGUUGUUCCCUGGUUUGAAAAGUACAAAAUUCUAAACAAAAAUUGCACCAAUGGCUAG